AUGUCUACAUCAAAAUUUUUUUUGAAUGUCAUAAGGUAAAAUAUUAUUGAAUAUAAAUGUUUCCUAGAGUCUAUUAUUAAUAAAUAAUGUUUUCUAGAGUCUAUAUAUUAAUAAAUAAUUAUUUAUUUAUUUAGCCCGGAAGGAAUGAUCACAAGUUUUAGCGUGACAUCAGAUAUGACUGUCAGUACUGUAAAAAAUAUUGCAAUAAAACAUUUCUAUGACGAUGAUGUAUCAAAAAAUCCAACUGACUUUCGUUUAAUUCAUACAUCUAAAUUUAUGCAGCUUCUAGAUGAUCAUAAAAUAACUUGUGUAGAAAUUCAUGAAAAUGAUGAAUUAAUGUUAAUAAACAGUCGUCCAAUAGUUAUACAUGAAAAUUUAUCUGAUGAUGCCAUAAAAGGUCCAAAUGAGGAAGUAAUAUUACAAGUAACAAAAAAUUUAGCUACACAUAAUCCAACUAAAUAUAUUCCAUCUCUUUACUAUCCUAGUGAUUUUCAGUAUGAACUAAGAAAAAUUUUAAUUACACUUGUAAGAGCAUCAGCAAAAAUUAUAUUAUACAGUUCAGAAGUACAUGAAAAGCUUUAUGAUAUUUUAAAAGAAAAAUUAAAAUAUAAAUCAAAUAUUAAUCCAAAUGCUAUAAAAACUAUCGCAGAAAUGGGUUAUUCUGACAAAAAAGUCUUGAAAGCUCUUUACUUGCGAAAAUCAAACAUAAUUGAAGCAUUAGAAUGGUUAACAGAACAUCAGAAUGAUCCAGAAGAUGAUGAUGAUGAUGAAUACUUUGAAUUUAUGUCUACUGAAAAAGAAUGUGAAAACUUGGAGAAGGAAGAAAAUAUACCCAGCAUAGUAGAUCGUUUGCUAAAAUAUUAUCGUCGGUGCAGGAAGAUGGAUUUCAAACCUAAUCUUAAAGCAGUACAGUCAUUAUUAGAGAUGGGAUUUGAAGAAAAGAAUAUUGUUCAGGCUUUAAAAAUUACUGAAAACAAUCAAAUUAGUGCUUGUGAAUGGUUACUUGGAGAAAGAAGACAUAAUUUACAAGAUUUAGGUCCAGAGCUUGAUUCAGAUAGUUCAAUUUAUAAAGCAAUCAUGAAUGAUCCACAUAUUCAACUUAGUCUUACAAAUCCUAAUAUGUUACUUGUGUAUUUAUCCCUGUUGGAAUCAUCAGCUUUAGAUGAACGAAUAAGAGAUCCUGAAAUAAAACUAAUGAUGGAUGAUAUUUUGUCAGUGUAUCAUACUGAGAAACCUAUAAUUCAUCUAAAUCAAUAUGCAACUUAUUUUUGA